AUGGACGCCAUCUACGCCAUUGGCUCCAACGGCUCCGGCCAACUCGGCAUAACCCACAAAGAAGACGUCUCCGUCCCCAAGCCCGCCGCCUUCCACCCAGACCAGCAGCCCCCCUCGCGCAUCGUCAAAGUCGCCGCCGGCGGAAACCACACCCUCCUCCUCACGGAGGCAGGCAAACUCUACUGGAGCGGUGAUUCGGCCAGCGGAGCCUGUGGACUGCGUCCGUAUCCAAACAUUCCCGUGUUCCUGGAGGCGAGGCUGGCAAAGGACGACCAGGAGAAUGAGCAGGUGGGAGAGAUUGCGCUGGUGGCGGCGACGUGGGAGGCUUCCGUUGUUGUGGCCAGGGAUGAACGCGGGAAGCGGACAAAGGUGUUUGCUUUUGGCAUUGGGCAGAAGGGGGAGCUGGGCUUGAGUGAGUUGAUUGUGCGGACGCCGUCAGCAACGAGGAUCAAGGACUUCCCGCCUGCUGGUACGGAGGUUGUGGACUUGUCUGCGUGCAUGGGACAUGUUGUUGCUGUUCUUGACAACGGCGAGGUGUACGGCUGGGGGAACUGCCGCAAGUCGCAGAUUGGAGAGCCCGCCGCCGUUGUCUUUGCGCCCCGAAAGGUCGAGGGCAUCAACUUCAAGGCCGUCAGAGCUGUUUGUGCCAAAGAAGCCACGUGCAUCUUCGGAGAGUCAGGGAGCGGGAACAUGCGAGUGUUGGGCUCAGAUAAAUGGGGUCUAGUCUCGCAGGCCCCUUCAACUGCCCCGGCGUGGAAAGACGUCGGGGCGAGCUGGGGAAACUUUUACAUCCUGGGUCAAGAUGGGAGCUUGACAGCUUGGGGCCGAGAUGAUCAUGGCCAGCUUCCUCCGCCAAAUCUCCCCCCUCUUCAAAAGAUGGCUAUUGGCAGCGAACACGUCGUUGCACUCACAGUGGACGGAGACGUUGUAGCAUGGGGUUGGGGGGAGCACGGUAAUUGCGGACCACAGGUGGACAACAACGAUGUCAAGGGCAGAUGGAACGUGAUUGCAUCGUCAAAGCUCAUCCCUCCGGAGAGUAAGAUAGAUAACAUUGGCGCCGGGUGUGCCACUAGCUGGAUAUGUAUCACAUCCCGCUGA